AUUUUGGUUGUCGGUGUUGUAAGCUCCGUCGAUGUUCGUACCGGACCAGUACAUGAUCAGUCAUAUAGCAGGGGGUUGGGAAAACAACACUCGUGGACCAUGCCCUCGGACCAGCGUCUGAGUUUCAGGUAAGGUGCAAACUGUAUUCAACUCAACUGAAGUGACGUCGACCUUCUAGAUAACGGUCAAUAACGAGCCUGAGUGGAUAGGGCCAGGUCGGGGCUCUAUGCGUAAUCCCCGCCUUGUGUUCCAUGAACUGUCCUAUAUCCUUCCUGGCGGUCUCAAUGAAGCGAGGCCAGUCGAGGUCAUAAAUCUGAAAACGGUCGAGAUAGUACAACGAUUACUACAGGAAAACAUUAAUGGGCAAUCUCUCAUGAACCAGAUACAUGUCAUUUGGUUUUGCGUUCGAAUUCCAUCCGGAAAUGCCCCAGUGCUUACGGGUCCCGAUCACGAACUCUUGGCCUCACAUCAUGUGCCUAGAAUACUCAUUUUCCCCAGAUAUGACCUUACCGUCGCGCAAUUCGAUGAGGAAUUAAGUUUGCCUGACAAUAUUUCGGAUGAAACGGCAGAGCGUCUAACAGUGCAACGAGCGGAGGCGCACUUCCAAGAUGUCUGUCGUUCCCAAGUGGCUAAUUUGGACAUGAUAUCAGCGCAUACUCGUACCGGGGGACUGAAAGGUGCAGUGCUAGAUGCGGAAUCCGAUCGUACUAUUAGAGGACUGCUUGAAACAACUUGUCUACUUGGGAAUGAGUACAUCGAACGCAAGCUCUGGGAGGUAGAACGCACGCGCCUGGAUAGUCCUCGGAAAACAAUUACGGAGGCUCUCAAAAUUGUGAUGAAUGUCUAUUACCCGGGGGCGUUCAGUAACAUUCCCUGGCACACACAGGGUAACAUGCUUGACCAACUCCACCGGACCCUCACACGAAUUUGGAAGAUGGAUGAUCCUCGUAUGCGACGAGAUGCUCCCCCUUUUGUUUCUCAAGUGCAUGAACUGUCAACGGCCUACAAUGUCCACCACCCGGGAAUCCGACAAAUCUUCAUUGGCUGA